CGAACCAUGGCUUUCAAUCACGAAGCUGGCACCGCGAUUGAGUGUCUGAGCAUCCCCAUCAAACUCGCAAAAGAGGUGACCAUUGAUGCCGAAGGCCGAGAAAUCAUGAGGUGUGGAUUCAGAGUAGGAGGGGGCAUAGAUCAGGAUUUCACGAAAAGUCCUCAGGGGUACACCGACAACGGCGUCUACGUGACCGAAGUUUACGAGGACUCGCCAGCACAGCACUGUGGAUUGAAGCAGCACGACAAGAUCCUGCAAGUGAAUGGAUACGAUUUCACCAUGGUGACUCAUAGGAAAGCCGUGGAAUACAUCAAGAAAAACUCCGUGUUGAACAUGCUUAUCGCUCGGAAAGGAGUAACGCACUCCUAAGCCGUGAUUUUUAUUUGGAAUAACUUCCACAGAUCGAUAGUCGGACCAUGAAUACUUAUGACGAACUCUAUUGAAGAUGAAAGUCCCACCGUUUCGUGGAGUAUGCACUGCAGUUGUGAUAUCCGCAAUAUUUACACAGAAGAGACUCAAUGCUGACCUUCCCGAUUCCAUUGCGAAAACGAAAGG